AUGAGUGGUGUCUGCUACCGAUAUUUAAUAAUAAAACGAAAUAUUUUUCACGGUCGAAGACACGAUUUUGUGGUUACUUCAUCUUUUGUAUCAUAUUUAUGUUCCAAGCGAAUAUGUAGCAAUUCUAAUUCUGUAUUACCAGUAAAACUUGCAUAUGUUUCUUAUGAAUCAAUGAAUAAAAAUGAAAAUGCUUCCAAACAACCUAUAAUUAUAAUGCAUGGUCUUUUUGGUUCAAAGACUAAUUGGAAUAUUUUAUCAAAAUCAAUUCAUCAACAAACAGAUCGUAAGGUCAUAACUAUAGAUGCAAGAAAUCAUGGAGAUUCUCCACAUUCUGCAGACAUGACAUACAAACAUAUGGCACAAGAUGUAGUUAAACUUAUGAAUGAUUUAGGAUUUGAAAAAUCAACAUUAAUAGGACACAGUAUGGGAGGUUCUGCAAUGAUGUAUGUAGCUUUAAAUAAUCCAAAACUAAUAGAAAAAUUAAUAGUAGUUGAUAUGUCUCCCGUGAGAACUAGCCCUAAUCUUAUGGAGAUGGAAAAGAUAUUUAAAGCAAUGCGUUCAAUAAAGUUAAAUGGAAUUAUGACAUUAACAAAAGCACGUGCCAUGGUAAAAGACCAACUUGCAAAUGUUGUUGAACCUUUACCUUUACGUCAGUUUUUAGCAAUGAACUUAGUAGAAGCAGAUGUUGGAAAAUAUAAAUGGCGAGUUAAUUUACCUGUGUUGGAGCAAAACUUUGCAACACAAAUAGCAGUAUUCCCAAAUAUAGAUUCAAAAAUUUACGACGGACCAACAUUGUUUAUAGGUGGUUCUGAAAGUGAUUACAUAAAAAGUGACGAUCAUGAUAAAAUUAAAAAAUUAUUUCCUUCUGCCAAUUUUAUUUAUAUAAAUGGUGCAAAUCAUUGGGUACAUGCAGAUAAACCAACAGAGUUCUUAAAAAUAGUAGUUGAUUUCAUUAAUCAGCCAUAA